UCUACCAUAGUGGCAUCGCAUAGUGUAUUAGUGGCAUUCUAUUCUACAUCUACAAUCAAACUGAAUAUUGAAGUGUUUGGAAUAAGCACGACACGACAGCGGACAGACUACAAGUAGAAGUACUGAUGUACAUCACAUAUGGGUAACAACUGCCUGGAUAUAUUCAUGGAAAAAAUGGCAACUCAAACCAAGAAAAUGUUCAAAAUCAAAUAAGUCAACAGCAGAAACAAAACAUCCAAAACAAUCCACAAAUUUGUGUAGAUUUUGUUUUUUUUUUUGGAAACAAGUGUUUUUAUAAAGGCGUGUGCGUGUGUUGUUCAAAUAAUCAACAAAUUUUCAUCUCAACUCUCUUGAUGUGAACAAAAAAAAAUCUGUUUUCCUUACGAAAAUUAGAAGACUCUAAAACGGUCAACUUUUGCACUUCUUAAGUUUUUUUUUUGUUUUUUAUUUUUAUUUCUUGUAAUUCUGACUAAUUAGAUUAUUGUUUGGAAAAUUAAUUUAUGUGAAAAUUUUGUUUUGAAUGUAUCAUUUUCUUUCAAUUGAAAACAUAUUUCUCGAUUGUAAUUUUAAUAAAAAAUAUUAAAAAUUGAUAAGUUUUGGUUCAAAAUGCCGCUGUUUGGUAAGAAGGAUUCGGGACGUAAACUCAAAAAGGAUGGGGAUAAACAAAUCUCCGUGGAUGAGAAAUAUUACCUGAAAGAAUUACUUGGAACCGGUGCAUUUUCGGAGGUACGUUUAGCGGAAAGUAAAGAUCGUCCCGGACAAAUGUUUGCAGUGAAAAUUAUCGAUAAAAAAGCGCUGAAAGGGAAAGAAGAUUCAUUGGAAAAUGAAAUUAAAGUUUUAAGAAGGUUUAGUGAACAAACGCAACCUCAGAAGAGUAUGGACAAUGUUGUACAACCAACUCGACUGAAACAUCCAAAUAUUGUUCAAUUGUUAGAAACUUUCGAAGAUAAAUCAAAAGUAUAUUUAGUUAUGGAGCUUGUUACUGGGGGAGAGCUAUUUGAUAGAAUUGUGGAAAAAGGAUCGUAUACCGAAAAAGAUGCCUCACAUUUAAUUCGACAAGUAUUGGAAGCUGUAGAUUAUAUGCAUGAACAAGGCGUUGUGCAUCGUGAUUUGAAGCCAGAAAAUUUACUAUAUUAUAGUCCAGAUGAAGAUAGCAAAAUAAUGAUUAGUGAUUUUGGCUUAUCAAAAAUGGAAGAUUCUGGUAUAAUGGCAACAGCAUGUGGAACACCAGGUUACGUGGCUCCCGAAGUACUCGCCCAGAAACCUUAUGGCAAAGCAGUUGAUGUAUGGAGUAUAGGAGUGAUAUCAUACAUUUUACUUUGUGGAUAUCCACCAUUUUAUGAUGAGAACGAUGCAAAUUUAUUUGCACAGAUUUUAAAGGGGGAAUUUGAGUUUGAUUCACCAUAUUGGGAUGAAAUUAGUGAUUCAGCGAAAGAUUUUAUUCAAAAGUUAAUGUGUGUUAAUGUUGAAAAACGUUUUACUUGUCGACAGGCCUUACAACACCCCUGGAUUUGUGGAAAUGCUGCCAGCGAUAAGAACAUACACGGCACUGUUUCUGAACAACUUAAAAAGAAUUUUGCUAAAUCACGAUGGAAGCAAGCAUAUCAUGCAGCUACUGUAAUUCGACAAAUGCAAAGAAUGGCCCUAAGUAGCAGUAGUGGUAUGACGGGUGGAGCACGUCAGUCAUCCGCCCCACAGCAGCAACAACAAUUGCAGCAAGAUUUGAAUGGAUCAUCGCUUCCAACUAGCAAUAACUAAUAAUUAACAAACAUAAUACCAGGACGGCCAAUCAAAACUUAUUAAUUGAAAUUCAUGUAAAACUUUUAAUCAUUAUUAAACCAAACCCCUCCCUCCUACACUCCUCCUAAUCAAGUAAGCCUACCCCCUCCCUCAAAACAUGCUUUUACAAAUUAACUCCCAAAAACAAGAACAUUUGUAUACAUUUUGUGUAAUUGCGCGCAACAAUUUAUUUGCGACGAAUGAUUUAUUUUGGUGAUGGUGUGUGUCUUCAGCCAUCCAGAACGAUCCAAUUUCAAUGUAAAUAAUGAACCCUGUGAUGACAUGUAUAUGUGCAGACACUCUUCUUGAUCAUAUGUCCUAACAUAUCUUGUGCUUUCUUCAUUUGUUUCGGCUGAUCUGUGAUCUAUACAAAUUUUUCAUUCGUGUAAAUAUUUUGUCGUUAAUAAUUUUUUUUGCUUCCCUGUACUCGUCUGAUGCCAAGUAUAGAGUAGUAGAUUGACUUUCCCCUCCAAGUGAAAUAUUUCUGUUUUGAAAAUCGGGGUAUUUUGGAAUAGAAUGGCCAUAAACCGAGAAUUGUAUUUUUAUAUUUUGUGGAUUUUAAUUCGGGAAAAAGCUACAUAAUGAUCCCUUGUUUUUACAAAUGAACCAUUAAAGCCAUCGAAUAUAUUUAUCGAUAGAUGGCUUCAACGUGAUCAAAUUAAUCGUUAAACAAAACUUAUGGCGAUCUAUAAGCUAUUUUGAUCUUUGAUCUAUGGUAAAAUAGUAUAAUUCAAAUUUUGUGUAAUUUUCCUCCGAUGUUUAUUUUUCUCUUGGCUUCUGUUGACAGUUUUGUAUCGUUACGAGUAAAAUGAUCCCCUUUUUAUUGGUUAAAAUGAUCCCUAUUUUGUGUGUAAAAUUAUAAUAGGUAAAAUGAUCCCCUUUUUAUUGGUUAAAAUGAUCCCUAUUUUGUGUGUAAAAUUAUAAUAGAUAAAAUGGUCCCCCAUGAUUCGGAGGGUCUUUAAUGUCUUGGUUUAGAUGAUUUGACCUGUAAUUUUUGUGUUCAUACUAUGUGAUCAUUUUACCCACUAUUUUUACGAAGGUCGGAAAAUCGAUGUCUUUUGGGAAAUAUUGAAUAGUUCUAAAAACUUG